CUAGACGUCAGUAGAAUAAUUCCCAGAGGUUGUUUUUUUUUCCUCUUGCUGUUUUCCGGGAAAUAAAGUGAAACUGCAGCUGGUUCAAGACCAAAGUGUUCCUACUUUUUUGCAGGUCGGUUCAUUUCUGGAGGCUGUCAGGAUGUUGGCUGUGAAGAUGACAGAGGGCAGUGUGCAGCUGGAGAGCUGCAAAGCGCCGCUGUUCUACAGACAGAGUGAACCUGCUGCAGGGAAAGUGAAGAUGUCAGUUUUACUCCUUCACGGCAUCCGUUUCUCUUCAGAAAACUGGCUCAACAUCGGCACUCUGGACACUCUGGCCAAAGCAGGCUGCCGUGCUGUCGCCAUCGACCUGCCAGGACUCGGUCAGUCUAAGUCAGCCGAGGCCCCGGCAGCGGUUGGGGAACUGGCCCCUGCAGGUUUCCUGAAAGAGGUGUGUGAGCAGCUGAGCCUGAGCCCGGUGGUGGUGAUCAGCCCAUCACUCAGCGGGAUGUACUCCCUCCCCUUCCUCCUCCAGCACCAGGCCCUGAUACGAGCCUACAUCCCCGUGGCUCCAAUCUGCACCGACAAAUUCACAGCAGAGCAGUACCAGAGUGUGAAGGUCCCAUCGCUGGUCAUUUAUGGUGACCAGGACACUCAGCUCGGAGAAAUAUCACUCGGCAACCUGAGGAAUCUGGCCAAUCACAGCGUGGUGGUGAUGAAAGGGGCGGGUCACCCCUGUUACCUGGACGACCCGGACACUUGGCACAAAGCUCUCACAGACUUCCUUAAUACGCUGUGAAGCUCUUCGCUGUGUAUCAGUCACACAUAAGUGACUCAGAGGAGCCACACAGAUAAACACAUUAUUCAUUCCUGAGAAAUUUAGGCCACUAACAUCCUCCAUGACCUGAUUUUGACUUUUUAAAGUGUCAGUAAUGAAACUGGAAAUCAAGAUUUUCUAAUAUUGAGAGGAGGCUCGGAACUUUUAAAGGUAUAAUUCGUCAUUUUGAGAAAUAUGCUUAUUUGCUUUUCUGCAGAGAGUUAGAUGGGAAGAUCCAUGAUAAAUAUGAAGCUAACUUAGCUUAGCAUAAAGACUGGAAACAGAGGGAAACAGCUAGCCUGGCCCUGUCCACAGUUAAACAUCUUAAGCUCACUAAUUAACAAUAAUAAAGUGUGUAAAAACUACAAUUUGCUGUUUUAUAGUGGAUUUUGUUUUGUUAUCUUUGGACAGAGCCUGGCUAGCUGUUUCCCACUGUUUCCAUUCUUUGUGCUAAGCUACGUUGGCCAAAUCAUAUUUAGCAUACAGACAUGAGAGUGGCAUUAACUGUCUCAUCACGGUAAGAAGUUUGUCCAAGAUGUCAAACUUUUCCUUUAAUACCAUAAGAAGUAAUAUUGUACUGUAAUACUGUGUUAUAAUUAAUAGUAAAGCUCUGAUUUUAACCUGUGUAUGACAAACAAACAAAACACCACACGCUGAAAUGAAGUGAAAAAUAUGAACAUUAUUUAAUAACUGAUUCUCUGUAAUAAACAAUUUGAAAAUA